AUGCGUUCAUCAACACUAUCAGCAUCUGCUGUUCUCCUCCUCUCAGGACUUGCUAGCGCACAAACAUUUACUGAUUGUGAUCCAACAAAAAAAAACCCAGCCAUCGGAGGAAUUCAAGUGACCGAUUUCACAGCUGGAAAGAGUAGCAACUGGGAAGAUGAAGCUGGUACAACAAUGUCAUACGAUCCUCAACUUGGUGCCAAGUUCGUCAUUAGCAAGGGCACUGAUGCACCCACCAUCAAGAACAUUGGGUACCUAAUGUUUGGUAGAAUCGAAACCUGGAUUCGUGCAUCACCUGGAACUGGUAUUGUCAGUAGUUUCAUUCUCGAGUCCGAUGAUCUCGAUGAAAUCGAUUGGGAAUGGCUCGGUUACGACAACACCUCCGCCGAAAACAACUUCUUCGGAAAGGGAAACACCACCACCUACAACCGUGCCCAAUACCCACCAGUCGCUACACCCAUGGACGUCUUCCACAACUACACCAUUGAUUGGACCGCCGCAGCAACCGUCUGGUACAUCGAUGGAGUAGCCGUCCGAACCCUUGCCUACGAUGACCCAUUAACCAUUGGCGGAAAGAACUACCCUCAAACUCCUAUGUUGGUCAAGAUGGGAAGCUGGAUCGGAUGUUUAGAUCAAGCAGCUGUAACCAACCCCGCAACAGCAGGUACCUGUUCGUGGGCUGGAGGAGCCGCCGAUCUCACCAAGGGCCCAUACACCAUGUAUGUCAAGAACGUCACCAUUGAAGAUUAUGGAUGCGCCACCGAAUAUACCUAUGGCGAUUUGAGCGGUUCCUACCAAUCCAUCAAGGCCACUGGUGGCUGCAGCAAAGAUGGUAAAUCCACCUUAUCCUCUUCCAGCAGCUCAUCAUCCUCCGCUUCCUCAAGCGCAUCUGGCAAAUCCAGCAGCGGAAGCUCAACUAAGACUGCAAGUGGAACCGCAUCUGGAACCGCAACUGGAAUCCAAACAGCCACAGCUUCCGCAGGUGUCAAAGCCACCGGCACAGCAUCAGCAUCAGCCUCAGCCUCAGGCUCUACUAGCGGUUCAUCCACCUUGACUCAAGUCAGCACCUCCGACUCCAACUCCAUCAAGAAGCCCAAACACGAAUACGGCAUGCUUGACCUUGGCGUCAUGGCUUUGGGUCUUGGACUCGGUUAUCUCGUCAUGUAA